CAGUCGACAGCCCUACGCUACGCUACCAAAGGAGAAGCGAGAAGGUGCGAGAGAGAAGUCCUCCGUCGAACGGCGAAAAGAGGUUUUUUGUUUUGAUCACAUGCAAUCGCUGUGCUUCAAUUCUUUUCUUCCAAAUUUCCAGGUAAGUAAACAUGAAUAAGGACAAUCAAAAUCCUUUCAGUUCUUUGAUCUGCAAGUUUUCUCGUUUUCGGCUUUCAUGAAUCGGUUUCGGAUUCAUGGUUGUUUGAAUCAGAAGAAGUUUUUGUGCUUUGGUUGCCGUGUUGAAUGAGAUAGGUAUUGAAUGAACAUGAUGAAGUGAGGCUCUUGCUGGAAAGUUAGAUUAUUAUUUUUUUAUUGAAUGGCUGUUGUUGAUGGGUUUAGUUGCUUCUGAAUUGAACAAUGAAAUUCGAAUUGCGUCUGGAUUGUGGGGGAUCGAUUAAUUGAGUUUCUUAUUCCUGACAAUAUCAUCUUGGGUUUGUAUGCUUGUGUCAAAGCCUUUUGGAGGGAAUUAGGGCUUUGCUUCGCUCAUCUGUGGAAUUAGUUUACUUGAUUUGGUAAGGGUAUUUCUCGAUUGGUGGGUUAUUCUGUGUGUUUUAUAGACUAAGAAAGUGAGAGAGAGAACGGCAGAAGAAAAAGGGAAAAACGGCUUGGAGGAUUUCUUCGAGGAUGGUUGUGAGACAAACAAGUUGAGAUUGGAUGCCUUGAUGUAAAGUUCGAAUUGUUUCUAAUUUCAAUGUUUGUGUCAUGGCUCCUGCAAUUUUUUCUUUUCUUGGGAAUUUGUGGCCAUUUGCUCGAUGGAAACUUGAUUCGAGGCCUGAUGAUGUGAAAGCCUCGGAUAGAAUUGUUCGUGGGCUUUCGAUACCCGAGCAAACAAAACAAUUCGUUUUUGCCAUUCGUGAACCUGAGUCUCAGUCUAUUAUAUAUAUACUAGCUGCGGAGAAGUUAUCUGAGCAAUCGGCUACUGAUGCUGAGUGUCUUAUUAAAGAAGUUCGGCCAGAUGUGGUUGUUUCUCAGGUUUCUUUGUUGGAUCCAACUGAGAUUGAGGACGAGGAGAAGAUUUUGAGGGAUGAUAUAGCAAACUCUGUUCCUACUUCAACUUUUGGGGUGCUCAAAGGUUGUUUUGUCAACAAAUUCAACAAAGAGAAGUACGAGAAGCUGGCCCGUAGUUUGGUUCUCCAAGAGAUUUUCGGAGUUGGAGUUCAUGGGCACUUCUUGGCUGCUAAAAGGGCUGCUAAGGAGGUCGGCUCCUCUGUCCUGUUGCUUGAAUCACCACUUGGAGAUGCUAGUGAGGCGUCUUCCACUGAACCUGAUGUUGGUAAAAUGUUUCAAGCUCGAGCUCUACAAUCAAGUAGUUUAGUACCUCGCCGAGCAGUAUCUUUUGUUUCAUCAAGUUCAAAGCGAUUAUCCUCCCAUGCUAGUGAUGUUCAAACCCAGAGAGUGAAACCAAUAGCUUCAUCUCUAGCCUUCUCCACUUCUGAUUCAAGUGUUUCUGGUUCUAUCUCAGAUGUAGGGUCUGGAGAUUGUCAAUUGGGAUGCAAUUACCAGGCACCAUCAUUUGCCCAAUCCAUUUAUGUCUUCCUAAGCGAUCUACACUGUAUCUUCAUUGAUAUCCCAUCAGUUAGAAGAGCCCUUGCCCAUGCACAGAAGAUGCUUUUUAACGUGGACAAUGGGCAAAAUGUGGAUGCAAAGCUUCUAUCUGAAGUUCACUCCUUCCGAGUUGCAGUAGAGAGUCUUAGGCUGUGCAACAGUAAUGCUGGCAGGUGCACCACUAACCUUUUGCAGAACCCCAAUUCGGUUAAAACUGAUUUUUCAGAGCUGACUAUUGAGGACAAAUCUCAUGCUCUCCUAGCUCAAACCCUUCGUGGCCAGACUAAGAAGUUCAGAUCCAUUGUGGCUAUAGUGGAUAGCAGUAGCUUAGCUGGACUUAGGAAACACUGGAAUACUCCUGUGCCUCAAGAGAUUGAGGACUUAGCUGAACAGUUCUUUAAAAGGCUUGACAAUGAGGGAAACUUUUAUUCUUCUGAAAACAUGGAAAGAAGGAAGUUAUUAGCUGAUAAACCAGUGGUGGCAGUUGGGGCAGGAGCAACAGCAGUUUUAGGGGUUUCAUCCCUCUCCAAAGUUGUCCCUGCAUCAACCUUUGUGAAAUUACUUACAUUGAAAGUACCUGCUUCACUUAAACUCUUUUUUGCCCAAACCCAGAAGGCAGUUGCAAUCACCUUUACCAAAACCGUUGGCCCAUCAAAAGUGGUAAUACCAGGAUUUGCUGGUUCUGGAGCAAAAACUACAUCUGCUAUGAAGGCAACAGCUUCUGCAGAUAAAAUCCAUGCAGUAGCACACAGUUUUGUAACCUAUGCUCAGCGGACCAGUCUUUCAGCCAUGCGGACAGCAUUCUAUGAAAUAAUGAGGAAACGACGGGUUCAGUCUUUCCGUGGUAUGCCAUGGGCCACAUUUAUGUGCAGUGCUGCAAUGUGCACUGGAUUGCUUGUGUGUGGAGAUGGAAUUGAGUGUGCUGCUGAGACUCUCCCUGCAGCUCCCUCCAUUGCUCGUCUUGGUUGUGGGCUCCAAAGUUUGCAUCAGGCAUCUCAGGCAGUAAGAGCAGGUAGACAGUGUGCAAAUACAGGAAACCAUUCAGUCCAUGAUCUACAUGUUUAAGAAAGUGAAGGUUUAGUGAUGCGACUGCCCUUCUGUAUAGAUUGAUUGAUGCUCUAUAUGAAUUGAUUAUAGUUCACAUUAUUGAUUCUUCCUUUUCAUAAAUUGAUUAUAGUUCAAAAUAUGUAUAUAGAUAUGUGAAUUAUAGAAUUUACAGUGGUAGUUAUUUACAUUCAGUGGUUAUUAAUUUUAUGGUUUGUACCGAGUUUCUAAUCUAAUGGUUUAAUGCUAGAGAACUGCAGAACUUCA